AGAGGUGGAGAGCAGUGGAGAAAAUGACAACGAGUGUGCAAAAUGUAGAAGCAACAUGGAUUUUUAGAGUGCUAUAAUGUGUCCUGUCUUUUCCUAACAGUAGCAUUAUUUCUGUUUUUUCUGAGUGCUGCUAAAUAUUAAACUGAUGUCUCAGGGCUUCCUUCCAGAACGGUCAUAGCUAUUUGGGAGGCUGCUACUGUAUAAAUAAGUUAAAGAUUGCAUAUGGAGAAACAACAUGACCAACACUGCAAUUUCAUCUGAUAUUUUUGGCAGCUGGUUAUGUGGUAUAUAGGGAAAUUGUUAAGUUGCCUUUUAUCUUUAGCCAUCCCAGAUAGCUUAUUGCGUCAGUAAUCUUUAUCAUCGUGCUCUUUUUCAUCCCUUCCCAGAUACUUUGUAAAAAUUAUUGAGCAGCACAAGCCCUAGCUCAGCUCUGUGUAGGAUUUCUCUUCCUGUUGGAAAAAUAGAUUCCUUCUCUAAUUCUGUAAAUCAAAGAAUUUUCUGUCUGCAUGAACCUUUUCCUUUAUUGUAAAUUAUUGUGGUUUCUUUACAUUUUUUCAGUGAGGGAUCUAGUCAGAUGUCUUCUCAAAAUUCACAUAGGAUAUAUCAACUAAAUCUCCCUUGCCCCAGGCUCAAAUGUCUCUAAUAGAUUUUCAGGCACAACUUCCCUUUUGCCAAGGCCAAAUUAACCCUCCAACAUAUUGCAUAUAUCCAUGCAUUCACUGUUUCCAUUAGUGUUUUCUACCCAUCUGCCUAAUGUUCACAUCAGUCUAUUCAUUUGUCCCUCUGAUGCCCCUGAAAUGCUUUUAGAAUCUGGAGUGGUAUGUACUUUCUUUUUUCCCCCAUAGUAUUUGGACAGUUUUAUAUUACAUGCAGCAAGCAGCUAUUAGCUUGUGUAUUUCAUGACAUCUUUUACCAUUUCUGGGUGAAUAUUUGGUGGCCCUGGCAAGCUUUUCAAGCAUAGCAUUGUUUUGUGCACAUUUUGGUGGUCUCCCAAUGUGUCACAGCAUCUGAUACAUUUUUGUAAAAAAAACCCCAAGAGUCAUAACCUCCAUAGUGAAUACACCUAUGAUAUAGUGAAUACAGAUAUCUCCAUAGUGAAUACACCUGCAAAAAUAUAUGCAAAGGUUUUCUUGUGCUCUUACAGUCUCUCCUUUCUUUAAGGAGUUGAUCACCUCUUGGGCCUAUAAAUAUCUUUGACUGUCUGUAAAGGGGAUGGUUUUGAUUGGGUUUUUUUACCACUUACACUUUUUUUUAAAAGGUUUCUCAAACUUUCAUUUUGAUUCAGAGAUGCCAGAAGGCUGUGGUUUUUAAUUUAACCUACCAAAGUUUGGUGGGUUUCUAUCUUUGUCUUCAUUUUUCCAAAAAAUUCUGCCUCUCUUGUCUUAGCUGAUACUAUUCUUUAAUUGUUUUGACUCUUGUGAUCUUUCUGAAAUAGUUUUUCACAUCAGUAUGGUAUUAUUGCUCCUGGGAGGCUGUUAAAUUGAUGCAUGCUAAAGUCACAGUUAGAGCAGGCAAGUGAUAACUAACAUUUGCAGCUACACCUUAGCACUGUUUAAGACUAGAUUAUGAGUUAACACUUCUUGUGGGUUCUUGAUUUCUUGUUUCAUGGAGCAGUCAUUUAUGGCAAAUAGAAAACUGGGUCUUGGCAGGUGAUGGGAUGUGAUAGAUAACCAGUUUGUGUGGAUGCACUUGAGGUGUCCGGUUACUCUGACAUUUCUUGGUAUCUCUGAGAUUUCUCAGCAGGUGGUAAUACAGUUUUUGAUACUGUAUUUCUCCUGGAAGUCUCAGUCUCUCUCCCUCCAGCUUCUGACCCUUGGUAUGUGCUGUCCCUCUGCUCACCCUAAUGUUUUUCCUGCAUAAUUAGCAUGUGUUAAUACCUGGUGGUGGCAUCCUACUUCUCAUCUUUCUUUAAUCAGGUUUCUGAUAAGACUGUCAGCCCUGUUUCAAAGAAUUUAGACUAAUCUUUCACUCCUACAUAAAUGAAUCCAGCACCACUCAUGUCCUCUGAGGUGUAUUCCUGGUACCACCUUGACCAGCUUCUUGUAAACAUUUUCCAAGAGCCUGUUCAGUUGACUUGUGAAUUUGGCCAGUUUUACCCAACAGGAAGAUUACAAUGUGCCCUUUGUUUGCACUGCUAGCAUAGCCAUGUGAUUAUCAGAGCAUCUUUCACCUCCUCUUCCCCAAAACAAGGAGAGGGGUGUAGAAAAUGAACAUCAGUGCUGGUAAAUACUCCUAAGAAAAUCUGGGAAUUCCCAAUCAAGAUGAGCAAUGUUCAGAUUGUAGAAGUCAGACAGAAAAGAUAAUUUCUUGGGUGUCAGCUGAGCCUGCUCAUAAGCCUUUACUUGACAGUUAUUCUGUCUGACAACUUCCAGAUGACAGGUUGUUUUGUCUCUUCCUUGGAUCUGCCUGUUUUCUCCUCCUUAGGAUCUAAAUCCUUUGUAGUGUGUUUGCUGACGGUCAGCACUGUGGGUUCUGUAAUCCCAGGCAGGCUGGGUUGUUCAGCGGGAGUGGUUUAGGUUGGAAAAGAACACUGUGAUCUUGUGUGCUUGCAGCAUACAUCAGGAUCAUCUUUUCCUCACAUACUCUAGCCUAAGGCUGAGAUGACAGUAGAAUGUGUUCUCCUAGGAGCACGUGCUAACUUAAAUGAACCAAGCAUGGGGCAACGUGCAUGCCUUGGUGCUUCUGCAGUUCAGUACACUAUGCCAAAAAGGUGGGUUAUUUCUAAGAAGGUUUACUCAAACUUCUGCCUGCCACAUCUUGUUAUCCUCUCCUGUCUUGCAUGGUGCUCUGGUGUCAGGUGUUUUUCCCCACUGCCGAUACCCAGCCUGUCAUCAAGUCACCUCUUCAUCUCUCAUCUUCUCAGUAUGUGUUUCUGUGGAAGUCGAAUUGCUUGUUCUUUGUUCAGUGUCUGUUGGAUGGACAGAUCAGUUGGUUAUCUCUCCAUCUCCUCUCUGAAUCUGUAGAAAUGGCCUUUGUUCUACUAGACAGAGCCCUCCAUGAGCUCUCUGAGGCGGGGAUUUGGAUCAGAGCAAUUGCAUAAGCUGGCAACGCUAACGAAACAGUCCAUGUGAAUUGGUACUGGGGUGCUUUGGGCAGCCUGCGUGCCGAGUGCUGGCAGCCAGCUCUUCCUCCCAUAAGGAAGCGGGGGAGCACGUUCAGUCCCUUGCCAGAACCCAGCCUUGUGGUUUGCAAGCAAGCUGAGGUGUCGGGUGUUUGAGGCCAGCAGCUUUCCUAAGCCCAUUAGCCAUCCUGCAGGGACACGGCUGUGGAGAUGAUUCAGAAGCUGACACCUGUGAGGGUGUGAAUUCGAGUCUGCAGACACUCUGCUGUCACAGGUGACUGACUGUAGGAUACCUUAUAAUCCUAGCAGUGCUGGAAUUGUUUGGUCAGGUUUGGGUUGCCUGCUUUCCUGAGGUGAAAUGUGAUUGAUGGUCAAACAGACCUUCAUAACUUCUGGCAUCAAGAUACUACUGUCAGAUAGUGCUGGGCAGCAUAUUGCUAGUUUGGUAGCACAGCCAGUUUUGGGUGUGCUCACUAACUGAGGUUAGGUUCUGUGUGAUGAAUACAGUGAUUCUCUGUUCCACUCAAGAAAACUAGAACAACUGCUGUAUGUGGCAAAUUGGGCUGGGGGAGAUGGGUGAAGUGGGGGGCAUUAAAUCCUGGGGAGAAGCCCCCUUUUUUUGUCAUUGAAAGUCUUGUGAAAGUGUGUGGCCUGGAUUAGAAGGUCAGUAUGAGGAAGGAAAGGACUCCUGCUUGGGGAGCUUCCUGUACAACUUUUUUUACAGAAGGCUGAACAGUACUACAAUAUUCAGUAAGUGUAGUAUAAUAUCCCAUAUUGUGCAAUACCCAAUAUUCAGUACUUCUUUUCCUGGCAGUAUUGUGAAAGGUCCAUAUUUAGUGCAUAAUGACAGUGUCAGGUGCUGUGAAAUGUGCACCUUGUCCUAGUCGUAUCUUAAAAUAUUUGUGUCCCAGAUCCAAUAAGUCUUUAGGAAUUCAGGAGCAGUACUAGGUAACUUCACUCAUAUUCACAUCCUUGAGGAUUUCAAGUACAGACAUUAGCAUCCAUCUGCUGGUCACAGUGAUUUGCUCCAAUUAGCUAGUUGUCCACAGAAGUUUUAGCUGUGGAUCUUGUACAAUGCUGUGUAUCUCGGACUCAACGGCAGCUUUAGCAGGACUGAAAAAGGAGGCAGUGUGGAAGAAGUGCCUCCAUCACAGGCACCUCAGGGCAAACACAGUGCAGGUUUGUCACAUUUUCUGUUCCAAGCUCUAAAUUCCUAUGGAAACAAGUGAGCCUCUCUAGAGUGCUGUAACUGGAAAUGCCUCACUUCUCAUCCAGUGGAAACCCUGAUUUUCUGGGGAUCUUUGGCUGGUCUUGUUUGGAGGGUAGUAUUCGUGAGUUCUGUCAUUUCUUGCCAUCUCUGGGGUGGAACAUGGAGGCAAACAGCAAAAAAGUGCAUGCAGGAACGCAGAGGAGAUGCGCUCUGGUGUGGUGAUGCAGGACUGAACGUGUUGGCUGUAAGGCAAAUGUAAAUAUAUCUGUCUCUGUGGCUCUAUGUCAGAGUGCUGUGCCCACACCGUGGCCGUGUCUGCUUUAGCCUGGCACUAAAAAUGUCCAGUACUUUGCACUCUGUGCACAUCCCGAUGGCCUUCCCUCCCUCCUUGCCCUGUUCGUUCAUGCCUUUAUCGCCCAGUGUUUACGACUGAAAAGCAGAAAACCGAGAGGAGGCUGCGGGAGGCUUCCUUUUUAACCUGCUGGGCCGUGCUGGCCGGGGGAAGGCUCCGCCUGCGCCGGCCGGGUGCGCGGAGGGCUGGCUCUGUCCCUCUCUCGCUCUCUGUGCGGGGUGAGCGGGCGCACACGUGCGGUGCCGGCCGCGUGUCGCUCCGCCCCGGCACACGUGCGGCCCGGGAACGGCCGGCACGUGGCGCCAAGGAACGCUGGGCUGCAAGCCCGGCCCCUUGCGUAAGCUGCUGAUUGUCAUGGGUGGGGACGGCUGCUGGGCUGCGGCUCCUGUGUGAGCUGUGGGGUUGCCUGCCUGCUUUAUUACAGCUUUAUGUAAUGCUGGCGAUCCCUGUGCUGUCGGCUUUGCUGUUAACUCCUUCUGCUCCUACAGGAGAGGGGUUAAAAAUUGCAUCUUUCAGCCUGGGGAAGUUUACCUUGCCUAGGGGGCUUCUCAAAGCUCUCUGUCCCAGGAAAAAUAAGACUGCAUAGCCUCAGUAGGCUGUGGAUGCUUGGUGAAGUAGAGGAAUGGAGAACCUUGACUGUCUUUUUCCAUAGUGUGAUCUGACACAGAAUAAUUGAGCUGAAUGGCCACAAGCCACCCCUCACCUACAAGCGCUUCCAGGCCAUCAUUAGCCGUAUGGAGCUCCCAAAGAAGCCAGUGAGCACUGUAAUAAGUCAGCAGAUGGAAACAUGUAAAGUGGACAUCCAGGAAAACCAUGACGAUGUCUAUGGGGUCCCAUCCCUGGAAGAGCUGGGCUUUCCUACAGAUGGUCUUGCCCCUGCAGUUUGGCAAGGAGGGGAGACAGAAGCGCUGGCACGGUUGGAUAAACACUUGGAAAGAAAGGCAUGGGUUGCAAAUUACGAAAGACCAAGGAUGAAUGCCAAUUCCUUGCUGGCCAGCCCUACAGGACUCAGUCCCUACCUGCGUUUUGGCUGCUUGUCCUGCCGCUUGUUUUACUAUCGUCUCUGGGAGCUGUAUAAGAAGGUGAAGCGGAACAGCACACCCCCCCUCUCCCUGUACGGACAGCUGCUGUGGCGGGAGUUCUUCUACACCGCAGCCACCAACAACCCAAAGUUUGAUCGCAUGGAGGGGAAUCCCAUCUGCAUACAGAUCCCCUGGGACAGGAACCCUGAAGCCUUGGCAAAGUGGGCAGAGGGCAAGACAGGCUUCCCUUGGAUUGAUGCAAUCAUGACCCAACUGAGACAAGAAGGGUGGAUCCACCAUCUGGCCAGACACGCAGUGGCCUGCUUCCUGACCAGGGGUGACCUCUGGAUCAGCUGGGAGUCAGGAGUCAGGGUGUUUGAUGAGCUGUUGCUGGAUGCAGAUUUCAGCGUGAACGCGGGCAGCUGGAUGUGGCUCUCGUGCAGCGCGUUCUUCCAGCAGUUCUUCCACUGUUACUGUCCUGUGGGCUUCGGACGGCGCACGGACCCCAGUGGUGACUAUGUGAAGAGGUAUCUGCCCAAACUAAAGGGUUUCCCUUCACGAUAUAUCUACGAACCAUGGAAUGCCCCAGAGUCUGUGCAGAAGGCAGCCAAGUGCAUCAUUGGGGUGGACUACCCCAAACCCAUGGUGAAUCACGCAGAGACCAGCCGACUGAACAUCGAGCGCAUGAAGCAGAUCUACCAGCAGCUGUCACGCUAUAGGGGCCUCUGUUUGCUGGCAUCCGUCCCUUCUUGUGUGGAAGAUCUCAGUGGCCCAGUCACAGACUCGGCUUCAGGGCAGGGCUGCAGCACCAGUACAGCAGUGAGGCUGUCUCAAGCAGACCAGGCUUCUCCAAAACGCAAACACGAGGGAGCAGAAGAGCCAUGUCCUGAAGAACUGUACAAACGAGCCAAAGUGACAGGCCUCCCUGCUUCAGAGAUCUCUGGAAAGAGUUUGUGAUUCCAGCGACAAGCACCUUGCAAGUGAAGAGAGAGAGUGCUGAAGAGGUGACCAGAAGAGUAGGAACUGCUGUCACAGAGGGACUGGAACUUGUGAUCUGCAGCAGAAAAUCCAGGCUCUCAUAUAACUGUGUAAUUCCAAUAACUGCCACACAAGGGCACUGCAUUACUUGUGCUUGGGAAUAUUUGGCUUUCUGGUCUCCAGAGAGCCAAAUAAAUCUCUUCUCAGCCAUGCCCAAAAUCUGCCCACAUUGAAGAGGGCAAGAACAUUCUGUCAACUCGCUCACUCCCAGGUGUAUCUUUGUUUUCUGACAAUGGCUCAGUGUGUAUGAGUUGAUGCAUUGAUGUAGGAAUCAGCAUCUGCACAUCUCAGAAAUAGUGAGCAUCCUUUCUCAGCAAUAGUACUUGGUAGUGAUGUAUGUUGAUUAAUUCAAAUUAUAGUAGGAGUUAAGAAGGAAGCUGCUACAAUGUCAAAAAUAGAGUACCCAUCCUACGAGAGAACAGGGAAAAUUCAGUAUUUCUUUCAUUAUGCUGACGAGGAAGAAAAUGCUUUCUGAGUAAAUCAAGGUAAUGCUUGUGUGGGAUGGAAACAAAAUGAAGGUCAGCUGUAGCACAAGAACAGAUACACUUGAAAGGCACUUAAAACUUUCCCUGCAAAAGAACCUUGCCACUGUGAGGUGAGUCAUAGUGCUAUCGCCUGGAAUGGGUGGCUUCAGAGCUGUUUGACAUCUGGGGAAGAGGAACUCUACAACUCCCUGAAUGGAGGUUGUAGCCAGGUGGGGGUUAGUCUCUUCUCCCAGGCAACUAGAGACAGGCCAAGAAGACAAAGUCUUAGGCUGCACUGGGGGAAGUUAAGGUUGAACAUCAAGAAAAAGUUCUUCACAGAAAGAAUGGUUGGGCAUUGGAAUGGAUGGCCCAGGGAGGUGGUGGAAUCACCAUCCCAGAGGUGUUUAGCAAAAGACUGGAUGUGGUACUCAGUGCCAUGGUCUAGUUGACAUAUUGAUGUUAGGUUAUAUAGGUUGGACUCAAUGAUCUCAAUGGUCUUUACCAACCUAGUUGAUUCUGUGACUCUGAGAAGGAGGAAUUCCUCAGAGAAAAAGAUCAUGCCUUGAUAUGAGCAAAGCAGUAUCUCAGAAUAGAUCUGAUCCAAGUAAUAAGGAAGCUACACCUGGGCCCAGCACUCCACAGCAUUUCCUUCCCUGAUUGAGAGCUCUCAAAUGGAGCCUGUCUGGUGUGUAGCCAUUGCAGUGCUUCAUACUGAUAGAGGAUGUAUUACACAUCAGCUCCUUGAAGUGAGUCUUCCUCGAGUUCAGAGUCCAGUGUCCAUUCCGUUCGCUCUUUCCUGUAUUGGCAUCUGUGUUUUGAAUUUCCAACAGUGAACUUCUGUACCUGCCCACUGCUCCUCGUUGCCACUUGCAUUCAGGCUGGUGCUUUGUAGCCUGGCGAGGUGAUUGUGUAGCUUUCCUGGCUCUUAACCAUACACUCCUUGCUGGGUCCUGUUACUUGUCAGGUCAGCACGUGCUGGCAGAGCACCUCUGCCUGCCACCAAAGAGUGCAAGGGAGGGUGGUACUGUAGGAGAUGCUCUCUUGAGGCUGUUUCCAAGAGGAAUUAGAUUGAGUAGCUUGUUCUGUGCAAUGGGCUGCUGUUGGCACUGUUUUCAUUUGCUGUCCAAAACCUUUCAUCCCUGCCUGACACGGAUAGUGUGGGGCUAUAUGUGAGCUUAUGCAACUAACUGCUUGGGGAGUACAGGAGCUGUCUCCCACUAGGAUAAUCAGAUUCAGUUUUGGAGCCUGUGUUUGAGCCCAGAGCAACAGGGCUGCGAAUAGAAACUGAGUCAAAUGUACCUGAGAAACCUGAAGUGGUUGAAUUGAGUCUGUGAAUAAAUGUAAUGAAUAGCUGAAUAACCUUUCUUUCUCAUUCCCUGGGGCAUUGAUCUUAUGUUCUUUUUCCACAGGGAGUCCACUGGGCAGACUGAACAAGUAAACAAAGAGUCACUUUUCCUAACCUUACUUUAUUCCAAACUACUAUUCAUAGUCUGCCUGGUGGAUAACCCGGUCAUCAACAGGUCUUGUUCCCUUCAGUCUGACCCAGCUGUUACUCCCAUUGUCUUGGGGCAUAAAGGUAUAAAGAAAGAGAUACUCCCCUACCCCCAUCUUCUGCUACAGAGAGAAGAAAGGGGAAAGACAUGCACUUUGUACACAUAGGUUACAGAAAUUGUGACUUCUGUCAUUUGGAGAGUUUCAUGCUUAGGCAAUGAAAGGUCUGUAAAUAAAACUUUUUAUAAAUGUCUUUAACCCUC